AAUCAUGACUGCAGGGCUUAAUUGAAAUACUGAAAAGUUGGAACCAAUUUGCUAGUAUAUUCUAUUUUGUGAAUUACAUAUUUACAUAAUUAGAGGCACAAUAAUUUACAGUUUUGUUUUUCAUCCACAGGUUUAAGAGAAGAAUGCAUACGCUUUUAUACAUAGCAGUAUUUCUUUGCCCUAUCAUUUACACCAAUGGAGUGUGCAUUCAAUUUAAUUGUUCUCCUUUAAUUAAUAUCACAAAUACACCUUAUUUGAAUUGUGAAUUGAAUUGGACAGAAAUCAGCAAGUGUAUAAAUAUAUCAACCCUGAUCAUACGUCACAGCAACAUAAAAGAUAUCGGCAAACAGUUCCAUCUUUUCAAAAAUCUUGAGCAUCUGGAAAUGUCCCACAAUAAACUUAAUUUGCUUUCAGACUAUUUUCUUCAUGAUGCCACUGCCCUGGUUAAUCUGAGCCUUAAUGAAAAUAGGCUUACAUUUUUACCCAGGAAUUUUCUAAACAAUUCUAAAAAAAUAAAAUUUGUGAACCUUGAGGGAAACUUAUUGUCAUCCAUUCCUGAAACAAUUUUUCAUCAGAAUCUUUCCAACUUGACUGUUGAUUGCACAUGUAAAGUCGCACAGUCUAUUUCACAUGCAUGUAACAAUAAUACAAACUGCAACCAUACUUUUAUUCAGUGUAAGUUGGGUUCAACGCUGUUCGACUUGAAGGAAUUUCUACAGGAAUGCGGAUCAGCAAAGCUUAUGGCCAUAUAUAUUGCUGUACCAAUAGCAUUGCUGCUUCUGAUACUGGGCACAGUUGCUUACUUCAUGUAUACGAAGAUAAUGACAUCUACUAAUUUGGAAGACAAAGGGAGUCCAGACAAGUCACCUACUCACAUGCAACCUCGCUACACCACCACAAAUAAUGACAGCAUUCAACAAACUACAACUGAAUUUAGUUGUGAGAGGAGAGAAUAUGAGAACGUAAUGGUUGCUGGUCCAACAAAAAAUAACAAAAUAAAACCAUACGAAUGGCAUGGACCUGAACCACAAGGCGGCAAACGGUAAAAAAUUUUUUAGACUGUGUAUAAUAAUCAUUUUUUCUUCACAAAUAUAAGUUUUAGUUAUGCCAUUACUCCAUGACCAACAUCUGUUUUAAUCCUUAGUUAUAACGUAAAGCCCCAUAUCAAUGAGCAAUAUAUUAGGAUGGCUGCCCUGUUAGCUAGCAAUGGCAGAUUGCAAGGGGAAGGCGGCAUUUUCUUUUUAUUCACACUUUGAGAAGAGGCAGUUUACAAAAACGAAACUAUGUGAAAAUCUAAGAAAAAUACAAUUUUUAUAUAAAUUAGUUGAAAAUUGAAAGUUGUAGGUUUACCAAGCAGAAUACAUACUUUGGAUGGGAAAUUGGAGAACUCUGCAUAGAAUCAGUGAUUCAACCGCUAGAGAUAAUAGCCUAAGGUUAUUACAGGAUACCCCUGAUCAACUUCUUCUAUGUUCAUAUAAAUGGCUAGCAUUGCUAAUUCCAGCCCAGGCUGUUAAAAAAUAUUCCAUUCUUUUAAGCUCAUGAGACACUGUUCUAGGGCUACAAUAAUAAUUGAGUGAGGCUAAAUUAGUUCUUAACCCAAUUUUUAAACUCAACCCCAAAUGAAUAAUGUUAAACCUUAACCCUAAAUGUCCUUAGUCUCAGUGCUGCAGUGAAACCCCUCGCUGUAAGCUAACAGUAAUUCAGUGUAACAGUAAGUUUACUGCUUUGCAAGAUCUCACUUAGCAGUAUUUUCAGACAGUCUUUUCCCCAUUUUGCUCCAUGAUAAAAGGACACUAUAGUCACCUGAACAACUUAAGCUUAAUGGGGUUGUUCAGCUGAGUACAAUAGCUCCCUGCAGCCUUUUUUAUUGGAAGCUAGGAACACCUCCAGUAGCAAUCAGACGGCCACCAGAGGGACUUCCGAGUUAACGUCUGCCUAAUUCGCAUUCAUCACGUUUGACAUCUUCACCAUAGGCGUGCGCACGGGGUGUGCCGGGUGUGCCUGGGCACACCCUAAUCCCCGCGGCACGCCUAUGUAUAUUGAGACCGGCAGGGGAGAUCUCAGGAUCUCCCCUGUCGGCUCAUGCAGAGCCGGCGCUAUCCGAGCGCCGGCUCUGCUCUCAGCCUCCCUCCCCACUGACCCACAUGCAGGGAGGGAGGCAGGAGAGGACCCGGCGGAGCUCUUACCGGCAGCUCCGCCGGGUUCCUCUCGCGAGAUAUGAGCGUUGCCACGGCAACGCUCAAAUCUCGUGAGAGUGAACUCUAUCCCCACAGGGGUUAGAGUUCACUCUCCACUGGACCACCAGGGAUGACAGCAGCAAGGAUCCCCUCCUCCACUGGACCACCAGGGAAGGAAGCAGCAGCACAAUCCCCCCUCCCUACAAAAGGUAAGAAGGGAGGGGGGAUAGCAAGUAAUGUACCCCCACAAUCACCCACCCACACACAUACAACACACAUACAGCACCCACACACAUUCAGCACCCACAGACAUACACAGCACCCACACACAUUCAGCACCCAGAUACAUUCAGCACCCACAGACAUACAGCACCCACAGACAUACACAGCACCCACACACAUACAGCACCCACAGACAUACACAGCACCCACACACAUACAGCACCCACAGACAUACACAGCACCCACAGACAUUCAGCACCCACAGACAUUCAGCACCCACAGACAUACAGCACCCACAAACAUACACAGCACCCACAGACAUACACAGCACCCACAGACAUACACAGACACACACAGCACCCACAGACACAGCACCCACAGACAUACACAGCACCCACAGACAUACACAGCACCCACACACAUACAGCACCCACAGACGUACACAGCACCAACACACAAACAGCACCCUCACACACACACAGCACACUAACGGUACCCUCACAAACACAAACAGGACCCUAACAAACACACACACAGCACACUACCAGUACCCUCACACACAAACAGCACCCUCACACACAGUACAUUAAAAGCACCCCCACAAGUGCACACACACACAAACAGCACCCUCACACACAGUACAUUAACAGCAUCCUCACAAGCACGCACACACAAACACCCUCACUCACAUAGCACACUACCAGCAUCGUCACACACACAUCACACUAACAGCACCCUCACACAGCACACACACACACACACACACAGCAGUGUGUGUAUGUGUGUAUAUAUGUGUAUGUAUAUAUAUAUACACACACAUAUAUAUAUAUAUAUAUAUAUACACAUACAUACAUAUAUAUAUGCGGCGUGUGCUUGUGCUUUAGGGUGCACACCCUAAUGCAAUAGGCUGCGCACGCCUAUGAUCUUCACGCUUGGCUGAAGACAUCAAACGUGCUAUCAGGACACAGGAAGCACUGUGAAAGCACCUCCUGCGUCCUGUAGUAACCUGGAUCCUGUCAACAAUCAGAGCCAACAGAGUGGGAGAUAACGAUCUCCCGCACACAGCAUGGGCUCUGGAUGACAGGCUGAAGGCAGGAGACCGAGCAGGAGCAUCUACUGACUUCAAACCGUAAGUAAACUUAUUUUAAAAAUGAAUUAGAGUGAGUGAGAGUGUGAGAGAGUUUGAGUGUGGGUGAGAUAGAGAGAGAGAGAGAGAGAGUGAGAGAGUAAGAGUCUCUAUCCAUCCAUCCAUCCAUCCAUCCAUCCCUCUCUAUCCAUCCAUCCAUUUUUCUCUAUCCAUCCAUCCCCAUUCAUCCAUCUCCAUCAUCCAUCCCUCUCUAUCCAUCCAUCCCUCUCCAUCCAUCCAUCCAUCCAUCCAUCCCUCUCCAUCCAUCCAUCCAUCCAUCCAUCCCUCUCUAUCAUCCAUCCCUCCCUAUCCAUCCAUCCAUCUUUCACUAUUCAUCCAUCCAUCCCUCCCUCUAUAUCCAUCCAUCCCUCUCCAUCCAUCCAUUCAUCCAUCCCUCUCUAUCAUUAAUCCAUCCACCCCUCCCUCUGAGGGAUAGAUGGAUGAUAGAGGGGGAUCGAUAGAGAGAGAGAUAGAGAGGGAUGGAUGGAUAGAGAGUGAUGGAUAGGGAUGGAUGGAUGCAUGGAUAGGGAUGGAGAGACGGAUGGGGAUGGAUGGAUAGGGAUGUAUUGAUGUAUUGAUGGAUAGGGAUGGAUUGAUGGAUAGGGAUGGAUUGAUGGAUGGAUGGAAGGAUGGAUAGUGUGUGUGAACGUUUUUUAAAAUGUGUGUGUUUUUAUACAAACACUAUAAAUAGAGAUAUAGUGUUAUAUAGUUGUAUACACACAAACUUUGGGCUUAGGAGGGGGCAGGCAUAAACAGCAAGCUGAGCUGUCAGUCAGCUCAGCUCACGAACAUGCAUACCACACACAUAUGCGGUACAGCGCUCAGUGUUCAUUCAUAGAGCGGCAUUCAAUGCCGCUCUAUGAAGAAUGUGAUUGGUGCAGCGCGAAGUCACGCAUGCGCACCAGAUCGCUAUGACGCUUCUCCAGGAAGCCAAAAAGAGGGCACGGCCUGCCGAUGAUCUUGGCGCUGGAACGGAGGUAAGUUUAUAUUAUUAUAAUCACUCAAUUUUUUUUUAUUUUUUUUUUAAAGGGGACAUUAAUAUAAAAGCAAGGAAGAAGGCGAGGGGACCUGUCUCUCUUGCUUUUAUAUUUUGACUAUAGUGCUCCUUUAAUUGCAUUUUUUACGAUUUGUGAAUGUGGGAAUAAGGGAUGUGCUUCCAGACUCUUUUGUGCAUCCUCCAAUUCAUGGAUCAAGCAACACUGAAUUGGAUUUUUGGGCGGUGGGUAGCAGGGGUAACACUCUGUAUAUGAGGUGCAUGAUGUCACUUUUGUGCCUCUCAAUUGCAAUGUUUUCCAAUGGAAAGUACACAGGCAGGUGCAAUAUUGCCCCAUGUACUUCUACUGACUUUCUUUAAAUGUAUAAAAUUCUUCUUUAUUAUAGCGCUUCUUUCCUUGUGGAAAUGAGGACUGGAAGGAUAUCUAGUUUUUGCACAUUUUCCCAUUGCAUAUUCCCUGGCUUCCCCUACACUAUUAAAACACAAACUAUAUAAAAUAAAGUAUUAACUAUUUUAGGUUGUGUAUAGUGAUGUUUACAUUGUUAGUGUAUUUUCAGUUUACUGUAAAGAGAAAAGAGAGAAACUAAGCAGAAACAGAGAAACCAAGGGGUUAAUAUGUAUCUGUCCCAAAGGUUCCCUGUAAUUGCAAUGCAACCCAAAAGAAAAUAAUUAAAAACUAACUUUUAAUAAAUUCCUUCUAAAAAUUCGAAGUUUAGAAAAUAACUAAUGGUAUCACACAAAAAAUAAUAAUAAUAAUCAAGUGAAAAAAAACAGAGAGAGAGGAGAAUAGUACUUGCAAAAUGACUAGGUAGUACACAGAGCAAGAGAGAGAGAAAAAGAGGGAUUGCCUAAUAGUACUAAAGACAUCCAAUAAAAACUAUUGUAAAAGGAGGUCUAAAGUCUGUCUUGCUGUGAAGCCUAGUGUAAUAAGUACUAUCUCCUAACUCCCAUAACAACACUCAGGUUUGGAACACCUGCCUGAAUGUAACAGAAAGAGAACCUCAAUAGAAGGUAAGCAGAGGUAUAAAUCAAAAUAUAAAUGAAUAAAAGUGAAGAGAGGGUGGUCUGCUAAGAGUGUCCUGUAUAGUCUAAACUAGCUGCAGCAUAGUCCCCGGUAAAUCACCAACCACCCGCUCACUAACUACACCCGACGCGCGUUUCGCCACAAAGGCUCAAGUUAGUUUUUAAUUAUUUUCUUUUGGGUUGCAUUGCAAUUACAGGGAACCUUUGGGACAGAUACAUAUUGACCCCUUGGUUUCUCUGUUUCUGCCUAGUUUCUCUCUUUUCUCUUUACAAUAGCCUCUAGGGGUUACCCCCCAUUUCUCAACAGCAACCCGACAGUUUGUUGCUACUGUUCCUAUUUCUCAUUUUCAUUCUAUUUUCAGUUUACUGUUCAUUGUAAUCAUCAUUGCUAAAAAUAAACUUUAAUAAUUGCUUUUAGAUUUUUAUAAUAGCAAUGUUGUUGUUACUGAUAUAAAUAUAUCUCUAGUGCUGAUGGUAUAUUAUUUUGUCAACCUCUUUUACAGGAAUAUGGAGGUAGAAGAGGGUAUAUAUUUGGAAAGUGAUGUCGCUGAUGGUGACCAACCAAUUUACAGCAACACUCAACCAACAUAUUAUAGCUACACAGAGCCUGGCACAAUGAACAAUGAACAUACAGAAGAAGAUGUGUACAUCCUGCCAGACCAGUAACAUAAAGGAAACUUCAUGUUAUGAUGUUCUAUUGGUGGUAUUCUUUGCAGAAUAUUGCCUGUUAGUCAGUAUUUGCCUUUUUUUUUUACUUAGAUAUAUACACAACAACUUUAUAUUCUGUUUUCUAGCUCCAUACGUCCGGUUUUUAAUUAUGCUUUGUGUUAUAGACAUGCAGGAAAUCUAUCUAGUGUUUUAUGAACGAACAGGAAACAUUUUACAAAUUGGCAGAAUUUUGGGGUGGUAUUAAGAAGAAAUUUUAUAAUUUAAUGUAAAUGAUCUAAAUAAGAAAUAUUAGAAAUAUUGAAAAGUUUCGGUACCUGGAUGUGCUAAUGACUUUGGUUUAUUAGUUAAUUGUGCUUUUCAUCUUGUGAUUUAAAUUUCUUAUAUAUAAAAAUGUACAUCAUGACCUCACUGGACAAUUUCUGCAAUAACAGAAAUAUGAAGUUAUGUAAAUCAACUACGCAGUGUUGAUGUUGGCAUAUAUGUAUAUGGUAUAAUUUGCAUAAACUACAUCAUACCGUAAUUUCCAAUGUAGAGUCAAGGGCAAUCCUGCAGUUGUACUUUACCUUUAUCAUCAUCAAGCUCUGCUAUGCUGUGUUUGUCAGGGCUGGAUUUACAUCACGAGCAACUGUAGGCAGAGAAAUCUCAAGUGCCCCCAAUUCCUACUUGCAAACAAAAAAAAAAAAACUUGACUGUUUAAAUAUUGUGAAAAUUGUCAUAUAUAUACCUAGAGUAUGUAUAUGUGUGUGCACAUAUGUAGUAAUGUGUAUAUGUCUGAGUACAAGUACAUCUGUUUAUGUGUGUGUCAGUGCGUGUUUGUGUAGAAUGCGUGUGGCGUGUGUGCAGCAGUCUGUGUUUGUAAUAGUGUGGACAGUAGCAUAGUUGGUGGAGAUUUCUAUUUGCUCAAGAGAGUUAAAUGAUCUAUUUUUACAACUUGACAAAAAAACAAAACAAAAAAAUUAAACACAGGAUAUUUCUUCAUGGAAAUAACGAUUCUGUACUUUUGCAAGUAUAUAUAUGGAAAUAAUGUAACUGUUUUACAUUUAAAUGUGCUAUAUGCUGCAAACUAAGGGAAGUCAUGGAUGCAGCUACUCUCCAAAGUACUCUGCCACCCAUAUAAAAGUAACACAGUGGACCUUAUAGAUAUUAGGUUGUACAAUGUUUGUUAUGGUCAAAUAAAUUGAAGCAUCAUAUGAAUGCCAUGUUAUCUUAUAUUCACUCUCAAGCAUAUUAUUAUUCUGUUUUUUUAUGCAUGUCAAGUUCCUAUAUUUUUUUUCUAUAAUGCAAGCACUGAAUGUUUAUUGUGAUAUGAUAUUUUUGCAAUCAAUGGCUUUGAAAUUAUGUGUUCUGAAAAGUGUGGCGACAUUGUAAAAGUGGAAUAAUCACAAAUAAAAUGUCCCUCCUGAUUCCACCAAUUUCCACGGUAAUUGUCCCACUUUUUGAAAUUUGUAUCACUUUACAGUACAUAACACUAUGAUAAACUUCCCCCUUAGGCUUUCAGUGCCAUAUCCUCUAAACCUGUUGCUUUUUAUGUAUGCUAUUUGAAGUAAAUUUGUAUUCCCCUCAACCUCCUAAUAGCAGAAAAAAUACAUACACAAAAAUGAUGCAGUGCCAUUUACAUUUAUAUUAAAACCUUCAUGGUUAAUUUUAGUAGCCAGUGAUGCAUACAAUUUAAUGAAGAUGAAGAUGCCAUAUAUGUAUAGAUUUAAACAUAAAUAUAGGUGUCAGGUGAUACUAUGCUAAAAUGGUUUGACAUAUUACAGUGGGAUGGCACCAGUGUAUACUUGGCACCAAAACCACUACAGCAGGCUGUAGCGUUUACGGUUCUUGAAGUAUUCUUUUAAGUAACUGCAUGUAAGAAUAUGUUGGUAAAUGUGUACAGACUCGGUGUGCAAGGGUAAAAUAGUUUUGUAUCAUUGCUACAAUACAAUAAAGUUACUUAUCUGGACAAAAUUGAAUAAUAUGUAUUUAAUGGAAUUCAAAAGUAUUCAAAAUAUGGCAUGUUUCACCUUAAUAUAAAAUUAGAACAAUUCUAAACACUUCAAAACUGACAAAUGUUUCAAAAAAUACCAAGAAAUGUAAGGUAUGAAAUAAUACUAAGAAACAUGAGGAAUAUGUAAUUUGAGAUAAAUUUCCCUAAAAUGCUAUUCCAUUUUGCUAUCUCUUAAAUGUACACAGCUAAAAAAUGUGCAUUGCUGAAAAAAUACAAAUACAAUAACAAG